AUAAUUAAGGAUCGGAACGAGCGAAUGGAAGAUAUCGGGAAAUAUAUUUCUACUCAAAGCUACGACGUUGUGUUACUUCAGGAAGUAUGGAAGCAUGAAAAUUAUUACACAAUCAGAAAACUUGUUGCUUCUGUUCUACCGUACAGUUACUAUUUCGACAGCGGAAUUAUUGGAACUGGAACAUGUAUCUUCUCUAAGGUUCGAAUCAACGAUGUUGCGUUUCAUCACUUUGGAUUGAACGGGUAUCCGCACAAGCUGAUGCACGGAGACUGGUUUGGUGGGAAGGGUCUGGGCCUCGGUCAAAUUGAUUUCAAGGGGUUCAAUAUCCAUAUAUUUACAUCUCAUUACCACGCAACUUACAACUACAAUCCUAUAAAGGAUGUUUAUUUGGGUCAUAGGGUUGUUCAUGGAGUCGAGAGUGCACAAUGGAUCAAACUAUCUUCAUCUAGCGCCGACUUGACGAUAUACGCUGGAGACUUCAAUACGGAACCUAAGGAUAUUCCAUACCAAAUAGUACGGUACGUGACCCCGUUGUGUGAUGCCUGGGUUGAAGCUAAUGGAGUAGAUGGAGGAGAAACCAGUGAAACACCUUCUAACUCAUAUACACAUAGAUCUUCGUUGAAAGAAUCUCCGAAUGGUAAACGUAUAGAUUACAUAAUGUACAAAUCUGGACCAAAUAUACACGCGGAAACUAUAUCCUGUUCUCUACCAUUACCAGACAGGAUCCCCGGGAAAAAUUUAUCCUACUCUGAUCAUGAAGCUGUAGCUGCAAAAAUUUUUCUCAGGAGAAAAGAUUCCAAACCAAUGUCAACCCGUGAUUUCAUCCGGUUGCAGUCUUGCAAAGAAAUAGAUGUUAAAAGAAACGUAGUGGAGAAUGCCAAGAGUAUUUUAGACAAUUCUAUCAGGAACACGUCAGUGAUGAAAAGUAUUUAUAUCUGUAUUCUCCUGAUCUGCCUCCUCCUUCUCUUCAUAACAUUCGUCCCGGUCCCAGAGGCAGUUAGUCGGUUCCCCGGGGGGUCUACCCUCGUAGAUAUCUUCCUCUUUCUUGUCAGAUUGAUAUUGAUCGUUGUGAUGUGCUAUCUUGGACUAAUGUCAUCACUAUUCCUGAAAAGAGAGAGACACGCUUUAAGAUCUACCUUGUCUACUUUGGAUUGUAUUUUGGAAAAUCAUUCACCAGGUUCAAGGCAAAGUAUUGAUACAACUAGUGCUACAUCUAGUGGUGGGAUUCAGAACUACAGUAAGGUGGGCGUGCUGCCACCUAUUGGAGAAAAAAUUGCAAGCAGCGACUCUGGUGGAGAUGUUUCAAAACAUUCUAUUCUUACGGUAGAAGAAAAUGAUAAUCAGGAAUAAAUGGGUAAAACAGAUAAAUCAUAUUUUAAUUUUGUCGAUGACCAUCAUUAAAUAACGGGAGAUAUUUUUAAUCUAACUUAAUUGUUAGAAACCCAAAGAAAAAUAAUGUUCUGUUCAUUUGUUUUAUAGUCAGUUUGAAUCAAGUUCAUUUAUUUUUCAUCUCAUCGAGGGAUUUUUUUGUAUUUGAUCCGAACUCAUUUGUGACGUCAUCCCAGCUAAAAAAAUUUAGUAAAAUUGAAACUUUCUAACCUCGAAAAAUAUUUUUUCAGUAAGAUUAAAAAAUAUAUAAACCGAAGGCCCCCGUCCCCACCACCACCUCAUCCCACUCCCCCUUCCAUCAAACAUUCAUACAUAGAAUUGUUUUCUAAAUUGUGUUUAAUUGAGUGAAGCUCUUCAAUUGAGUUUGACAUUAGCGCUAGUAACUAAGCAUAAAAAUAUUUGAAAGGAUAGAUAUUAGAUGUAUUUCAAAAAAAAUUUAAUACAUUUUUAAAGGGAAGAUUGUCCGAAAUUUUGGAUUUUGCGAUAUUUUAAUUCUAAUUCCAUGAUUUCUAAGGAAUAUAUACUCCCCUGCAACUAGAUAAAAUCUAGGGAGACGCGAACCACCAGUAUUGAGUUAUGCAUCAUGCUUUAUUUUUCAUAGAAUUAUUUGUUUUUAUUUCGUGUUUUCAAUUGUAAUAGUUUAUUAGGCAGUCUAGUAUUAAUGCAAAUACUACAAAAUGGAGUUUUUUUUUCAGUGCUUUUAAAAAAUGUUGUGUAAUGUUCACACAAAUAAGUUUGAAAGUAUCCAGCUGAUGAAGGCUUCGACCAUAUUAUUAUUUGAAAAAGUGCCUUAAUUAUGAUCACCAGUAUUAAUUCAUGUAUUUGAGGUGUGUACAUUACUGCACAGAAAAUUUUAUCGCUUCCUGUUUCUAUCUCCCCCCCCCCCAUUUUUAUAAAUAAGUGUUAUAUUACAGAAUUUUGGGAAAUGUUUCACUUUAAGGGGACCAGUGCUUAGGAUCCAUUUAAUUUUGAUGCGGAUCCGGAUCCUGGAUCCUGGAUCCGGACUGGUAAAAAAAUGGA